UAACGCGCGCGUGUGAGAGAGUAUGAAAAUGUCUGUAAUUCAUGCUUCCUUCAAACAUUCCUUCAGUGAUAAAAUUCUAAUAGAAAAUGUUUAGUGAGGGCUUUAAUUUUGAAAAGAUUUACCGGAAUGUCUUUGUCUUAAACUGGCUAGUUUGACAAGCCUGCGACGAGUUGGAACCAACCCGGAACUUUUACAUCAACUAAUCAUUUCUGGGAGCUUGUUGCAUAUCAGUUCUGAAAACGUUUUGCUUUGUAUUGUAUUGUUCUUUCCUUUCCCUUUGACAGUUUAAAUGUUUCUCUAGAAAAGGGUGUUUUUGUGGGAAGUUGUAAACCGCUGCGGCGGUUGCUGGAGGACGGUAGACUUUUUCACAGCAGGUGUCAACGAGAGAACGAGAGAGAGAGAGAUGUUGAACAUGAAGUGCUAAGCUUUACAGACCCAGAGAGUGUCCAGAGGUGCCAAAAUGCCCCAGCAGAAAGACAUAGUGAAGAUAGCCAUCCAGAUGCCUGGGGCCUAUCCCCAGCUCAUACAACUGGACCAGAAAAAGCCUCUAUCUGCUGUCAUCAAGGAGGUCUCUGACGGCUGGAAUCUCCAAGGUCCUGACAACUAUGCUCUGCAGUAUACUGAUGGAGUGCAGACGUAUAUCACAGAAUCAAAUCGCCUUGACAUUAAGCACGGCUGCAUUCUGCGUCUGACCAAGGCACCGGGCCGCUGUGCAGAAGACUUGUACAAAGGCAUCCAGAACUCAGACUCUGGUGUACGCUGUGAUUCGCUGAAACAGCUGGCAAGCCUUUCUACAGAUGUGACUUUUGCCCAGGAGUUCAUCAGCAGAGACGGACACCUCUUAUUGGUCAAGAUUGUCGAGGACUCAAAUGAGACUGCCGUGAUUAUGACCCACACGCUGACAAGCUUCAUGGAACUGAUGGAUCAUGGGAUAGUUUCUUGGGAGAACCUUUCUUCUGUCUUCAUUAAGAAGAUUGCUAGUUUUGUCAAUGCCAAGGUGGCGGAUGCUUCAAUCCAGCAGGUGUCUUUGGACAUCCUGGAGAGCAUGGUGAUGAGCAGUCACAGCCUUUUUGUGCAAGUCAACCAAGAAAUUAUUCUGGAUAGGCUCAUCAUGCACCUUCAAGUGACAAACCAGCAGAUACAGACCAAAGCCAUGGCUCUACUUAUGGCCCUUCUACAAACAGCCGGGGAGGCAGACAGACAGGAGCUGUUUGAGUUUCUGACUAAGAAGAACCUCCGUCAGUACAUUUAUAAAAACAUCAUUCAUAGUUCAGGAACGGUCGGGGAUGAGAUGGCCCACUACCUCUAUGUCCUGCAGUCAGUUACUCUGAACCACCUGGAGCCUCGCAUGAUGACGCCUUUGGACUGUUACAGCCAGGAACAGAGAGACAUCCUUCAUGGUUUGCGCCAGACAGCUUUUGAGACCGAAAGUGAAAACAGCUUGAGCCACGAGAGGCGACGUUCACUUUGUGCCAAAGAGUUCAAGAAGCUGGGUUUCUCUAAUAACAGUAACCCUGGCCAGGAUUUGCUGCGAACGCCUCCUGGUCUGUUAGCUUUGGACACCAUGCUUUAUUUUGCCACACGCUAUCCGGAUGCUUACAGUCGGUUUGUCCUUGAGAACAGCAGUAGGGAAGAUAAACACGAGUGUCCAUUUGCCAGGAGCAGCAUCCAGCUAACGCUCAUUUUGUGUGAAAUUCUUCGCAUUGGAGAGCCACCGUCUGAGACUGGAUCGAGCUACCACCCCAUCUUCUUUAGUCAGGAUCGGCUGAUGGAAGAGCUUUUCUGUGUCUGCAUACAGCUGCUUAACAAAACCUGGAAGGAGAUGAGGGCAACACAGGAGGACUUUGACAAGGUGAUGCAGGUGGUGAGGGAGCAGAUCACCAGGACUUUGUCCACUAAGCCAACAUCUUUGGAGCUCUUCAAGAACAAAGUGAAUGCACUGAACUACAGCGAGAUCCUCAAACUGCGGCAAACGGAACGUCUGCACCAGGAAGAGACUCUUUCGCCACCUGUUCUUGAGCUCAAAGAGCGUCUGAAACCAGAGCUGCUCGAGCUGAUCCGCCAGCAAAGACUCAACAGGCUGUGCCAAGGAACUCUGUUCAGAAAGAUUAGCAACCGACGCAGACAGGAUAAACUGUGGUACUGCCGCUUGUCACCCAAUCACAAAAUGCUCCACUAUGGAGAUGUGGAGGAAGACACAGAAAAUCCAUCAAUCGAAGCGCUGCAAGAGAAGAUACCAGUGGCUGAUAUCAAAGGCUUGCUGACAGGGAAAGAUUGUCCUCACAUGAAGGAGAACAAAGGAAAACACACAAAGGAGGUGUUGGACCUUGCCUUUAGCAUCACGUACGACGUAGACGAGUACAGCUUGAACUUCAUCGCCCCCUCCAGAACUGAUUUCUGCCUGUGGACAGAUGGACUCAGUGUUCUCUUAGGACGAGAAAUGAGUAGCGAAUCAAUGCGGAGCGAGCUGGAGAUCCUCCUCUCUAUGGAAAUUAAACUCCGCCUCCUGGACAUGGAGAACGUUCCUAUUCCGGAGCGCGCGCCGCCCAUCCCCAAACCUCCCAGUAACUACAACUUCUGCUACGACUUCAGCCAGACUGAGCAGUAGUGUGUGUGUGUGUGUGUGUGUGUGUGCGCACGCGCACAUGUGGAGGACUUAACACGGACAAAGAGUGUUUAAAUCGCACUCUGGGGUGAAAUGUGGUACAUGUUGGUCUUUUCAACACUUUGACUGUUCACUUGUUUCACAGUUGCACAAUAUUUAGCUCAAAUGAAGCAGCAGCGUUUUAUAAUAUAGAUCCCUGCAGUUCAGGAAUGACUGCAGAAAUUGUUUGUAAUGAUGCUGAUACAGACCUGCAUUCUAUCUCAUGAGUGGCAGUCGCACUUUUUCCUUUCAGCACCGCCCUGCAUGAUGAGGCAACACUGACUGACCACUCAGCACUGAUUUAUUUUUUUUUAUUUUUUUUUUAAACUCUAUGCAGCUGAAAAUUAAUUUAAACUGACAGAUGUGACCCAGUAUUUUAUUUUUUUUCUUUAAUGGGUUACUACUUCACGUCUGCAGACUCAUUUCUGACAAUUUUCUGUCAUAACACUUU